UCACGAACAAGAUCCUUCGUAUACGCUGUCGACUCCGCUCAGCCUUGCCGCCUAAGACGAUCAGGUCACGACUUCCAAGCCUCGCAAGUUUUGGAGAGGAUCUUCGAUCCAUCACGUUCACGACCUUGAGCUGCGCGUUGAGACGUUGCUGAGACAACUGGUUUUUGCAGCGAUGUCGUCGAGCUUCACAUCGGUGGUCGAGAGCGGUGAUUGGGCGGGCGAGCCAUGUUGUGCUUUCUGCAAGAUCCCUAAGGUCCUGGCUGAGUCGAGGCUUCAUGUGGGUUGGUCGAAAAAGCGUUCAUCCUGGGGGUCUUUGAGCGAAAGACUCGACGAUAUUCAGAACGGAGCUGCAUCUGGUUGCAACUUUUGCACCCUGGUUCUAGAUGCGUUUACAGCGCAGAACUUAGUGGAUGUAGUGAAUGCAGCGCAGAAAUUCGUUCUCUUUAUAGAUAUAGACACUUGGGAAGGGAAAUGCAAACUUGCACUUUCGUACUUUGAUAACAAAGAUCUUCUUCGUGAAGAUGAUGCGGUCUUUCCAACAGAAGGUAGCGAGUCGGGCUGGAAUUUGAUUCCAAUGAGACACCCUUCUGGAGAUACUUCAUCCACUCAAGCAGCGACGACAAUCAAACGCUGGAUCAAGGCUUGUCAGCAUGGCCACGAAGCAUGUAGAGGACAACCGCGAACUUUCAAGAUGCCUCAGCGGAUCCUUAGAUUGACAGAAGAGCAUGUUCAAUUGUGCGAGAAUGUGGCUUCGACGUAUCCAUACGCUUGCUUAAGCCACUGCUGGGGAGAUGCAGGACCAUCACUGAAACUAACAUCUGCGAACAUCCAAUCGAUGGAGGCGGGUGUCUUAGUCCAGCGUUUGCCAAAAACAUUCCGGGAUGCAGUAGAAGUCUGUCUGAACAUAGGCAUUCACUUCCUUUGGGUAGAUGCGUUGUGUAUUAUCCAAGGUGAUGAAGAAGAUUGGCAUACAGCCGCGGCCUCAAUGGCAGAUAUCUAUGCAGGAGCAACUGUCACUUUAGCUGCAACCUGGUCUGAUAGCAGCGAUCGUGGAUGUUUCUCACAAAUGCAGGAUAAAUACAAACCUAAACCAUUGCAAGAGCCGGGGCUCUAUGUGCGGCCCGUAGCCCCUGUAUUUCCGCACAUUUCACAGGGUUAUUCAGCGAGGAAUUACUCCAACCUCUGGCCAUGGCCUCUAUUAACACGAGCCUGGGUCUUUCAAGAACGAAGACUGUCGGCUAGAAUGGUUCAUUUUGGGAAAGAGCAACUCUAUUGGGAAUGUGAUUCUGCUCUAAUGUCGGAAGAUGGCCGUGAGGACACCCGAGAAUACCUCGUACCCACCCUGAGAUCAAUUGUACCGGAUCCAGUCGAAGCUUGGAGAUCAGUAGUGACUCAGUACUCGGCUCUCAAGCUGACUUACGAGAGCGAUCGUUUACCAGCCAUAAGCGCCCUCGUGAAACGUAUGCAGCCUCUGCGCAAGGGCGAUACAUACGCCGCAGGCAUGUGGCUAGACAGUCUUCUGGAAGAUUUGUCUUGGUUUCCGAACGACAAUCAUGCACGACGUCCUGAUGAGAAUCGCCCAACUUGGUCUUGGAUCUCUGUUCUUGGUGGCUGUUUCUGGAGCGUGGUCGCCGUACUGGAAUCCACCACACUGGUCAGAACCGACUUUCAAAUGACGGGACCUUCUCAUUUUGGCUCUACUACCAACGCCAGCAUUACGCUCCAAGGUGCUAGCUGUCAGGCUAAGAUCCUAGACAGCAUUGAUAGUAACGAGCCCGAAUUCAAACCAGAACUUUUGGAACUUCCUGAAAGAUAUCAUGAUAUUCAAAUAUUUGUUUCUGGGUAUCGAGACUUCGACUGGGCUUCUGAAGAGCCCCUCAUACAACCUGGGGAAGUUCUAAUCUUUCUUCUCUUGUAUGAGAACAUCAAUUUUGGGAGUAUUAUCGGUCUUGUGUUAAGGGACAUCGGCCAUGAGCAGUACCGCAGAGUAGGACUAGUGCACUUUAAUACCAGUUUCUACAAGCAUAUGACUGAUCUCCGGAAUCGCUACAUAGCAUCCCUCCCUAUCAAGGAGUUCACUAUAGUAUAGCUCAAUCUCAGUCCCACUUCUCAGCUUAUCAA